AACAAGUAAAAACGUUGCACUUCCGGUGCUUGUUCAGCUUGCCGUUUUAAAAAUGAAACCGCUGGUUGCAGAAAGUGGACUUUUAAUGCUUGAAUGGCAGGUUUAUUAGAUGUGGAAACACACAGUGAAAGAACAACUAUUUAGCUUGAUCUACGGGACCAACUUAACGCUCCUUUUGCCGUACUAUGUUCAAAAAGAUGACUGAAUUUGGUCCAGAUUCCGGGGGGCGGGUUAAGGGAGUGACAAUUGUGAAGCCUAUUGUGUUUGGAAAUGUUGCACGAUAUUUUGGGAAGAAGAGAGAGGAGGAUGGACACACACACCAGUGGUCUGUCUAUGUGAAGCCUUAUAGAAAUGAGGAUAUGUCUGCUUAUGUGAAGAAGAUCCAGUUCAAGCUACAUGAGAGCUAUGGUAACCCACUGAGAGUGGUGACCAAGCCUCCCUACGAGAUUACAGAGACCGGCUGGGGGGAGUUUGAGAUCAUCGUCAAGAUCUUCUUCAUUGACCCCAAUGAGAGACCGGUGACUCUGUACCAUCUGUUGAAGCUGUUCCAGUCCGACUCCAGUGCCAUGCCUAAGAAGACAGUUGUCUCUGAAUUCUAUGAUGAAAUGAUCUUCCAGGAUCCUACAGCCAUGAUGCAGCAGCUACUGACCACAUCAAGACAACUCACCCUGGGAGCAUACAAGCAUGAGACAGAGUUCAGUGAGCUGGAGCAGAGGACCAAGGAGAAAAUGGAAGCAGCAAAGAAGAGAACCAGCCAGGAGAUCACAGAGCUGAAAGAUAAAUUAAAAGCCAGCAGAGAAAACAUCAACCACCUGAAGGCAGAGAUCAGGAAACUGGAGGAGGACGGAGACCACAAGGAUCACUGAGAGACAGACAAACACACACGCAACACACACUUGGACAUGAUUAUUUGCCAGGGCACAACCUGCAUUUUUCUGUGCUCCUGACCUCAUCCAUGGUUUAUAAAACAACACAUUUUGUGAUAGGUUUUGUGAUCAUUUCAUCUCGUUAUUGCAUAACCCAGAAAAGACUUGAUUAAAUAAAAAUCUGAACUUUGUAAGUGUUCUCAGCUGUCUUUCCGGGGGCAAGUACAAACAGAGUUUGUGAUUUGUUGUUUUGUUUUUUUUCCCUUCUCUUUUCUGCCCUCCCAUUUCUAGAUUAGUUGGCUGUGAGGUAGAAUGACAAAACAUUCCCUGUCAUUUUCAAAUUUGUUUGUUCAAUGUUUUAGUCAAGCCAUUGUCAAAAAGUCUUUGUGUAAUCCUGGUUCCAGUAUAACUAUAGUGUAUUCUACUGGAAGGCACUUCCCUGUGUUGAUCCUGGGCUUAUCCUUUACAGUGAAACAUCCCUGUAGUAUGUGUGCCUGCCUGAUGAAACACUGAUGUUUGUGUGAACAGUUCUCAAUGUGAAUAGCUCAUUUGUUUUUUUUUUUACUGAUCGUACAAUUUCCUACAUAAAGUAAUUGUGUUUACAGCA